AUGGUACCCACAUACAAAGCUUACUUAAUGGGUAAGUCAAAUGGCUAUCCUUUGAAUAAUGAGUUUAAAAAAUUAACACUUUUAAUAUUUGGUUGUGUAAAGUGCAGUGGUGGAAAAGCGUUUAGUAGCACAAUCGGAUUUUUAAAUUCUUUGGCUGAUUUUGUGCUAGACCUUUUUGGUUAUGAUGAAACAUCCAGCGAAGAAGAUUUGGGAAUUGAGCUUAAUUGCGUUCCUCCAUAUUGUUUGCUAACUUACAUCUCUUCAACUAAUUCGACGACAAAUAGACCAACAACAAAAUCUAAUUCAAGUAGCAGAGAACGAAACACUGUUGCCACAGAGAUAGUUUCAAGUGCGACUCCAAUAAGCACAAGUACAGCAAUUUCAACUAGCAGUUCAAGAUCUACUACAAAAAAAAUUAUGACUAGUGCAAUAGUUCAAGUAACAACUCCUAAAAAAAUACCAUCUUUAAAUACCAGACACACAAGUUCAACAUCAACUUCAAGCACUACUAAAAGUAUUCUGACUACUUUAUUUACACACUCUCCAGUAAAUGAAAAGUCGAAAAAUUCAACAGAUGCCACUGUAAUAAAUAAAGAAAAUUCAAUGGCAUCUACUCCGGCCACAAGAGUUAAUGCAAAGAGCUCAGAAGGGGAAACGAAAUCACCAAUGGAUAAUAGUUCGCCAGUAACUACAAGUAGUACUACUGAAACUACUGAAACAAUAGUAAAAAGAACUGCUAAUUCAAAUAAAUCAACAGUGGAAACGACAACAGUAUUAAAUUCUAGUGAAAACUCCACUACAACCGCAGAAGAGACAACUAGUGCUAAUUCAACUACUGUUAAAUCUUGA